CUCACCCAGUGCGCCAUUAUGAUUACGUCACGUCCAGUCAAGGAGACGUUCAAGAGCGGUGGCGUUCAGCCAGGCCUCAGCUUCAGUCAACCAUGGUGGUGCCAUCAGCAGUUCUUGACCUGAUCCUGGCCCACUGGUGGAGGAUGCAACAGAGCAAAUGGUUGUUUGAAUACUCACUGAAUCCGCGAGCCGACAGCCAAAUAACCUGGGAAGUGGUGACUGGAUAAAGCAGGUGACCACGAACAGUCAUGGGAUGUGGCGUCACAAAGUCCGACCAUUUCCACAAACACUCGGGAAAAGCCAUACGGGCUGCCGUCCUGAUCCAGCGAUGGUACCGUCAGUAUGUCGCCCGCACAGAGAUGAGACGGAGGUACACCUGGCACAUCUUCCAGUCCAUCGAAUACUCUGGAGAACAGGCCCAGAUAAAGCUGUACAAUUUCCUCGGCUACCUCAUGGACAAUUUCACACCAUCGAGCAAUGAACGAAAUUUGAUCUCGCACAUCUUCAGGGAGAACGAUAUUUGUCGGGACGCUGAGUGGGAGAGGUAUUUCUGCUACAAGAAAAUCGAGGUGCCAGAGAUUUACUCAGGACCUCAUCUCACCUUCCCUCUGACGGUGGAGCAGGCAGUCAGCCUGGUGGAGGCCUUCAGGAACAAGAAACAGCUGCACUCGCGCUACGCCCUCCAGCUCCUCCUGGAGACGUGGAAGCUGCUCCGCCUGUUGCCAAAUAUCAACCGCAUCUCCACCUGCCACAGCAAAGAAAUCACGAUUUGUGGUGAUUUGCAUGGACAGCUAGAAGACCUGCUGCUGAUCUUCUACAAGAACGGCAUGCCGUCUCUAGAGAAGCCGUAUGUGUUUAAUGGAGACUUUGUGGAUCGAGGCAAAGACUCCAUCGAGAUCCUCCUCGUCUUGUUUGCGUUCCUGCUCUUGUAUCCGAGCGAUGUUUACCUCAACAGAGGAAACCACGAGGACCACAUCGUCAACCUGAGGUACGGCUUCACUAAGGAGGUGUUGACUAAAUAUAAGAUGCACGGCAAACGGAUCCUGAAGCUGCUGCAGAAGAUUUUCAGCUGGUUGCCAUUAGCAACAGUGAUCGACCAGAAGGUCCUGGUCCUCCAUGGAGGGAUCUCCGACAGCACGGACCUGAACCUCCUCGCCAGACUGGACAGACACAAUUACAUCUCAGCGCUGAGGCCUCCGAAGAAGAGAAACCAGAGCUCAGCUACAACAUCCAUCGACUCGGACUUGGACGAGGACGUCUGGGGGACCAACAGGAUCUUCCGGCGUCGAGCCUCCCUCACUUUCCCCAAACCUCUCGGGACCCGCGACUGUUUCCACAACCGCUCGCUGCAGGACUUCUCGGACCGGAUCAAAGUGAACGUGGAGACGGAGAUGGAGAUCCGCAGGAGGAGGCAGUCUGCUUUCAAUACUGUGAUGAAGGCGCCAGAAAAUGAAACGCCUGCUUUAUCCUUUGACUCUGUCUACAGUGACAACGCCAAAGAGGAGUGGAAACAGAUCCUGGACCUGCUGUGGAGCGACCCGAUGGCUCAGGAAGGCUGCAUCCCCAACGAGGUGAGAGGAGGAGGCUGCUACUGGGGCCCCGACGUCACCGAGGACUUCCUGAACAAACACAACCUGCAGCUCAUCAUCCGCUCGCACGAGUGUAAACAGGACGGUUAUGAGUUCUGCCACAACCGUAAGGUCCUCACUCUGUUCUCUGCCUCCAAUUACUACGAUGUGGGAAGCAACAGGGGGGCGUACGUGAAGCUGGGUCCCGACCUCGUGCCUUAUGUGGUCCAGUACCAGGCCAGCAGCAUGAUCAGAGAGCUCACCGUGAGGCAAAGUGUCGGCCGAACGGAGCGCUCAGCCCUCAAAGUCCUGCGGGAGCAGCUGUUUGCACACAAGUCUGACCUCAUCUGUGCCUUCAAAAAGCUCGACAGCGAGAACACAGGUCUGGUGUCUCUGAACGACUGGGCCUUGGCAGUGGAGAGUGUGAUGCACCUCGACCUGCCCUGGAGGAUGCUUCGCUGUCAGCUCGUCACCCGCAAGACCAGCGAAGGCAUGAUAGAUUACUACGACUGGUUCAACGAGCUCGCCAUCAUCGGGCCCAACAGUGACAACAUUGAUCAGAGUCUGCUGGAAAUGUUGUACCGCCACCGCUCCACUUUGGAGACCAUCUUCAGGAUCGUAGACACAGACAACUCAGGCUUCAUCACCAUGGAGGACUUCCGGCAGACGUGGAAGCUGCUGAGCGUCUACCUAAAGAUGGAGAUCACGGACGAGGCCAUCUCUGACCUGGCCGUCACCAUCGACAGCAACCAGGACGGCAGCAUCGACAUCGACGAGUUCAUGGAGGCUUUCCGGCUCACGGACAAGAAGAGCCGGCUGGAGCGAGGACGCAGCAUGUUCAUGGGCACGGCCACCGACCUCACCAAGCUGGAGGGAGAUCCCAACAUCUGACCAGACGGAGCGCAGAGACUGAAAGCAGAUUCCUCGCCAGGCGGUGGAGGGGAGGGGAUGGAGACAGAGCCAACGCAAGCUGCUUCAAUGACGCACAUGAAGACGCAGGACACCGCUGAGCAACAGCCGUGUGGAUCAUAUGGGAUUAGGAGGAGUUUAAAGGUCAGGACGUUUGACAGCGACUGUUCAUUUCACUUUGUGACACAGUUUCACUCACAGGAGGUGGGAGGGUGAAACACGGCUGCUGGAUCAAGAAAUGUGUCUCUUUCAUUUGGUUAUGAUAGUUAAAACUGUUAAAAACAAGCACAGGAACAAAAACGCAGCAUAUUCAGACUGCAGCAUUAUUACAAUAACAAUACUAGAUACGGUUAUUUUGCAUUUUAUGUCCACAACUGUCAUUGCUUUUACUAACAGAACAGAAAAGAAUGAAAGCAUGCCUGCAUGCUGACUCCAGAUGUGAUUAAAUGGACAACAUUUUGGACAUAAACAUCUCAAAAAGACAAAAAAUUCAAAUCUCAAUUGAAAAUUCAUCACAGGGUGGCAGCACACAUGAAGGAAAAUGUUAAAUAUAUGAGAAAUAUUCCCCGAAAAGUUUAUUAUUAUCAUAUUCAAAGUGGCUGACAGACUGUUUGCUUGUAAGCAAACAGUCAUAGAUACAAAAGAAUACAGUGAAACCCCUAUAUCAGAAAAUCUUCAAUUUAUUUGUAGAGCGCCAAAUCAUAACAUAUGUUACCUUAAGGCACUUUAAUAUUACAAAGAGAAAUCCAAACAUUCCCCAUAAUCAAGAAUUUGUCUCUUACUGGCUAAUUUUGCUAUUGAAUAAUCAUCCUGUUCAUACAAUUAUGUAAAAAUGUGAAGAAUUUCCAUCACAAUUCCUGAAAAGUCAGAAAAAUAAGCAGCAAUGGCCUGAUAGUAAAUGCACAAAAAGAAAAGAAAAAAUAAAAUGAACUGGAUGAUUAAGGAAAUAAGGCAAUCAAAAUUCAUUGCACUUAAUUGGAAAAUGUUAAAAAUAAUAGCACAUCUUUUAAAACGCGUAGGUUGGUAUAAGGCAUAAAAAUCCCCAACGAAACUCUGUCUUAUCUAUUAGUUUAAUUUAUAAGCUGUCAGUUUCUCAAAAUUUGAAUUAAUAAUGGUUCAAAACUGAAAAAUAUUCAGUGUAUAGUGACGUAAAACUGUAAAAAGCAGCAAAUCUUUAUGUUUUGAAUGUGCAUCAAACAUUAAACUAAUCAUCGCCUACUGAUAUUUAUCUCUCAUUUAAAUUUACAUUAAAGAUUUAUGUAAAUGCUGCAUUUCUUAAACAUGAGAAGUCAUUUUUCCUCUUCUUUCAGUGCACAUGAUGCUUUUUGAUACUGGAAACUGUGUGUUUUGCCUCCAGUGUUGUUUCUAAAUGAGUCAGCGUACAGGCAGUUUUUCAAUAACUUGUAUUUACAUGACGUUGGUACAGCUACACUCCUUCUAAAGACUUCAUAGAUACCAGAAAUUACACUAAACUGACAAUAUUUGAUAAAAUAGUACGAUGGACUGACUAACUGCAGCUAAAUGUUGCUGGUGCCUUCACAGUCGAAGCAUUUGAAGUAAAGUCCAGUGUGCGUUGAUGGAGUUUUCCAUCAGCGCUGCCUGCCAACGAUGGGUCGCUCCUCAUUUUAGGAGGGAAACGAACCCUCAUCUUAUCCAGAAGGGAGAACUCAUGAGUUUAUUAAUUUGACCUCUAGGAUGUUUGCCUCAAACCAAACUGCUGCUCUGAAAUCUAGAAUGUUUAAUGUAGUUUAAAGGAGUAGUUUGAGAGAGCUGGGAAGUAAGCUAGCUGUGUUAGCUUAGCUUAGCAUAAAGACUGGAAACAGAGGGGAAACGGCUAGCUCGCUCAGUUUAAACUAAUAAAACCCGCUUACCAGCACGUUUUAAGCUCAAUUAUUCAUUUAUUAUAUCUUGUAUGUUUAUUCUGAAGGAAACACGUAAGUAAAAAUGAGAAGUUGUGGUUUUUCACUGGGGAUAUUUGACUGUUCCCUUUAGGCGAGCUAGUUCCUCUUGUUUCCAGUCUUUAUGUGAAGCUAAACAAACUACAACAACAACAAAAAAACUUAUUUCCCAAAACUAUACAUGCUGUAUUACAUGUUUUAGGUAAAUCUGUUAGACAAAGUUCCCACAUUCAUGCAUAUUAUUUAACACGACAGGAGAACAUUUGUGUUUUAGCACUCCGAUCAUGAAAAAUAUGUCCUGUAAAUACAGUCCCAUUUUUAGCAUUUAUUUUGUGUCAGUCUUUGUGUUUAUGAAAUGCAAGAAGGCCUUUUGGAUAAAGUACGACUGUGUUCCUUGGUAUUAUCAACAUGUACUGUAGAUUUCUUCUCAAUUAGCACAGCUGCAUUGUAAAGAAAGUAAGGCAUGGGCAGGACAAGAUUUAAAAAAAAAUAAAUCUACUUAUUUUAUAUACAAAAGUUCAUUAAACUUGAAAAAAAAAUGAAAA